AUGGCCGACGAGGAGGUUGCAGUCUACGACGAGGUCGAGAUCGAGGACAUGACCUUUGACGAGGCCCAACAGAUCUACACCUACCCAUGCCCGUGUGGCGAUCAAUUCCAGAUUGCGCUUGCCGACUUGGAGGACGAGUCCACGGAUAUCGCUGUUUGCCCAAGCUGCAGUCUCAUGAUCAGGGUCAUCUAUGACAUGGAGAACCUGUGGAAGCCAGAAGACCCCGAACCACCAGCCCAGGAGCAGUCCGCCGAACAGGUCCCCAUCGCCGCUUGA